GCUCAUCAUCAUGCCGACCAGCAAACACUCACAUCUUUUCGUCGACGAUGUCGUACGCGUACGGGGCCUACGGCCGCUCGCCAUCUCCCAUAUUCUCACAGAGUUCCGCACCACUAGAUGACUCCUCAGACGAAGCACCCGAUGUUCAACCAAGCGCGAGCCGGGCGGGUUCGCCGGGACCUGAGCAUGGGGAAGCAGCAGGGGCGGACACGAUGACAUGCCUCUGGGACGACUGCGGUGUUAUCUUCAGUCACCUCCCCAGUCUCAUAGAACACAUUCACAACACCCAUAUUGGCGUGCACAAGUCGAACUAUACCUGCGAGUGGGCGACAUGCAACCGUCGUGGGCUCGCACAGACUUCGCGAUUCGCCCUUAUAUCCCAUAUCCGCUCGCAUACCGGCGAGAAGCCCUUCAUUUGUUCCCGGCCAGAAUGCGACAAGUCCUUCACUCGCUCCGACGCGUUGGCAAAACACAUGCGACUACAGCAUAACAUGCCCCCUCCACCCUCCGGUAGGGGCUCCUCAGGGACACGCAAACGCAAACGAUCUACCUCACCCUCCCACCCCCAAACCGCACCUGCGCCCGAACACUCCGCCUUCAACACCUUCAAACUCGAACCGCAGACCCCUUCUGAGCUUGAUAACGGCCUCGGGGGUGGAGGAGAUUACUUUUCGGGACUCGCGCGUGAGGAAGACGAGGAAGACGAUGAUGAUGGAGAGGACGAUGGACUUCCACCGCAUUUGCAGAAGCUCUUGGAUCCUAGGACUGGCUUGAUCAUGGGUCGCAGUCCUGCACUCGUCAUGUAUGUAAUUCAGAAAGCGAAAAUGCGCUAUGCGCUUGAGACGCAUGCGGCGCUCAUCGAGGAACUCAGGGUCACGAGGGCACAGGCGAAGGAGGAAAAGGCAAAGAAGGAAGCAAUGCUGGAUGAAUUGAUCAGGACUGUCUUUGGAGAAGAAGCAGCAGCUGUCACACAUGUCCUUCCCCCACAGCGGCGAGCUCGCCAGAGCCUACCAUCGCAAGCGCACCAUGUGCCAGCUGCGUACCCACCGCAACAUGUGCACUGAGGCUCCAGUGUGCUAGAUCUCUAUUGUAUUGAUGUUUUGCUAUCGUUAUCGUGAUUUUGACAUUGCCUAUGCGUGUUUAAGACAUUAUACCUGUCCAGGCUGCUGAAAUGUGCAGAGUAGAACACUUAUCCUAUGAUGUACGUCUCUCACAAGCCACAAU